CUUAAACGACCUCAUUAUCUAUCUUAUUUAUUGCGAUUUUCCAUUUAGCAGCACUUCGUUAGUAUUGCUAACACCGUUUUAUAUUUAUUGAUAUGUAUUAUGGUUUUUAUUUGUGUAAUAUUGAAACAAUGAAUGAACAUCAUGUUUUGUAACAAAUUAAUACGGCGUUUUGUUGCUGUAUGGCGAAAUUCUAGUAGGUUAGUUUAGAAAUUGUGUACUGUGAAGCCUGAAAACUAUUUAGGUCUUUUAAAUAAAAUAUUAAGCAUUAGUUAACUAACAACUUAAUCAAAAUUUCAUGUAAUGGAUGUGUGUAUGUUUGACGUAAUUGCAUAAAUUUUUCUGUGAAAUAUCUUUUAGUAAGUGUCCCUGGAAGUCAAAGCAUGCAUUUAUCAAAGAUCCUACUAAGUCACAUCAUGAUGUGUAUUAAAUUGGAGUAAAGCAUCCAGCAAAUUUCAGUUCACUAACCCGUUUUACAUCCAGACGUAGCUUGAACAUUGUCCUGAAGUAUGUAGUCUAUAAUUAUCUGUAUAGAGAAGAAAUUCAUGUCUAGACAUAUGUAACAAAUCUUUUGGAAGAAGCUGUCUUUUAAAACAGCACAUGGAUGCCCAUACAGGAGAAAAACCUCCCGUGUAUGACUUAUGUAAUCAAUCUCUCAUGCAAAAGGGAAUUUUAAACAAGCAUGUGAUUUUUCAUAGAAAAGAGAAAUCUCAUGUGUGUGAAGUAUGUGAAAAGUCAUUUGGACAGAAGGGAGUUUUAAACAUGCAUAUGCUCAUUCACACAGGAGAGAAACCUUAUGUGUGUGAAGUAUGUAAGAAAUCAUUUAGACAUAAGGAUAAUUUAAACAAGCAUCUGCUAAUUCAUACAGGAGAGAAACCUCAUGUGUGUGAGGUAUGUCAGAAGUCAUUUAUUCAAAAGUGUAAUUUAAUCAGGCAUAGGCUUAUUCACACAGGAGAGAAACCUCAUACCUGUGAAGUAUGUCAGAAGUCAUUUAUUCAAAAAUAUAAUUUGAUCAAGCAUAUGCUUAUUCACACAGGAGAAAAACCUCAUGUGUGUGAAGUAUGUAAGCAGUCAUUUAGUCACAAGCGUUGUUUAAAUAGGCAUAUGCUCAUUCACACGGGAGAGAAACCUUAUGUGUGUGAAGUAUGUAAAAAAUCAUUUAGAGAUAAGGCUUGUUUAAACAAGCACUUGCUUAUUCACGCAGGAGAGAAAUGUUACAUGUGUGAAGUAUGUAAGGAGUCAUUUACUCAAAAGGUUCAUUUAAAUGAACAUAUAUUUAUUCACACAGGAGAGAAAGCUCAUAUGUGUGAAGUAUGUAAGAAAUCGUUUAGUCGAAAGCGUUGUUUAAAAGAGCAUAUGCGUAUUCAUACAGGAGAAAAACCUCAUGAAUGUGAAAUAUGUAAGAAGUCAUUUAGUAAAAAGGGUCAAUUAGAUGUUCAUAUGCUUAUUCAUUUAGGAAAGAAACCUCAUGUGUGUGAAAUAUGUAAGAAGUCAUUUAUUCAAAAAUGGAAUUUAAUCAAGCAUAUGCUUAUUCACACAGGAGAGAAACCUCAUACCUGUGAAGUAUGUCAGAAGUCAUUUAGUCAAAAGUGCAAUUUAAUCAAGCAUAUGCUUAUUCACACAGGAGAGAAACCUCAUGUGUGUGAAGUAUGUAAGCAGUCAUUUAGUCAUAAGCAUUGCUUAAAUAGGCAUAUCGUUGUUCACACAAAAGAAAAAUUUUGUAUAUGAGGUAUGCAAAAGGUUGUUUGUACUGAAGAGCGAUUUAAAUAUGCUUGUCCACAUAAUAGAGAAAUCUGAGUUAUAUUUGUAAGAAAUCACUUAGAGAAAAAAAGGAUUUGAAGAAAUGUAAUUUUUUCUGUACAAAAGAGAAACUUCAUGUCUCUUGAGGAGUUGUAAUGUUAAUAACAUCUUUACUUAUCAAUGCAAUAAGGACUUUUUAAUGCAGCAAAGAAACCUGGUUAUGUGACGUCAAGGCUGGUGCAAUCAUGGACAGAAUUUAAGGGUGGAAAAGUUUUUAAAAUUUAGAAAGGCACUUAUUGGCAGAUUUUAGUAUUUUCAGAAAUUAAACCAGAUGGUAUAAAGCUUACUACUGCCCCUGUGGAAGCCUUAUCUGCUUGUGAUGUGUUCGAUUUCUGGAAAUGUGGGCCUUUUGUUUACCUCUUUCACCUUCAUUCCUGUUGCCCCUCUUGGGAACUGCAGUCAAGACUCAUUCAUGUGAGGUGUCCCUGGUACUUUAGAAGGUAACUGAAGCAGAUUUGUUGAACAGUGGCUGAAUUAGUGUCAGUUUAGGACAUUUUGGAAAGCUAAACACUGAUACAAUUGGACCAUUUGGAUAAUUGCCCUUACAAUUUGGAAUAUAGCAUGUAUUCACCACAUUUUGCUAAAAUAUUCCGAGAGAAUUAUCAGGUUGUUGAUAAUCAAACAAUUACCAGAAGAGCACGAAUACACAGUAGAAGAUAGUAGUGACUGCUUGACCAAGCAUUCUGAGGACACUAAGCAUGGUGGGUCAUUGGAAUGGCGACGAACUGUUUCCCCAACUUGCGUGAUGUCACAGUUUGUUUGGAAGCCUUCUAUUUCAGACGACUUUGGUUAUACACUUGGUAUAAAAAUGAUAGAUUUAAAAAUAAAGAGUGAGCAAAAAAUAAAUUAGAUUUCUAUAUGUACCUAAAUGCUGUUUGUUUAAAAGCAAUGACAUACCUUAUGAACUUGAAAAUUUUCAUUAUUGGAUAACAUGAAAAGUUCAUCAUAUUCGUCUUUCUGUUUAUAUCUUCAGGCACAUCAUCGAAUUCUGUUUCAUCUUCACAAUCACUAUUACUCUGAAAAUAGGAAGUCAUCUUUCAUUCCAUCUAGAUUAUGAGAUAUACUACACUUUUCAAAUUACUUGAAUUAUGUUGCGUGUAAUUUCAUUCCAUGCUUGUAUUAUCCACUGGGUACUAUUCUGUUAUCAGGACCAGGUCCAGAAAUGUAUGCAUGAAUGGAUGUGUUCAUGUAUGCAUAUAUAUUCAGUACCCGACAUUGAAAAUGCAACACCAAGAAGGAGUAGCCAGAACGUGAUAAAACUGGGCAAACAGAGAGAGACAGCAACAAACAAUAAGUUAUCUUUAUUUUGAAAUGAUAUGCAUAAUACAGAUAAUAGCAUCAGCUCAGUAGAUUGUAGGACCACUUUGGACAGCAAUACACAAAACAACACGUCUAGGUACAGAGUCAGUGAGACUAUGGAUGGUGUCUUGAGGAAUGCCUGUCUAUUCCCUGUCAACCAUUUGCCACAGUUCAUCGUCUGAACCAGGACUGUGGAGUCGGAAUCGGAGUUGGGCAGAUUUUGGGAUAAAAGGAGUUGGAGUUGCUAAAAACAAAUCGAAUCCAACUCCAGUUUUUGUUGGACAGUUUGAAUUUGGAAUGAAAUUAAAAUGAAUUGAAAAAAAAUUAAUGACAAGCUGAGUUAUUAUUUUUAUUUAUGAACUGUAUGCAUUAAUAGAUAUUUUCUAUU